CACCGGGCACGGACUGCAAUUCCCAAUCCCUGGAGCACCGGGCACGGACUGCAAUUCCCAAUCCCUGGAGCACUGGGCACGGACUGCAAUUCCCAGUUCCCAAUCCCGGGAGCACCGGGCACGGACCGCAAUUCCCAGUCUCGGGAUACCGGGCACAGACUGCAAUUCCCAAUUUUCGGGCACGGACCCCAACUCCCAAUCCCAGGAGCACCGGGCACGGACCGCAAUUCCCAAUACCAAUUCCCAAUUCUCGGGCGCACCGGGCACGGUCCGCAAUUCCCAAUCCUCGGGCACGGACUGCAAUUCCCAAUCCCAAUCUCGGGAUACCGGGCACGGACUGCAAUUCCCAAUUCCCAAUCUCGGGAUACCGGGCACGGACCGCAAUUCCCAAUUCCCAAUCUCGGGAUACCUGGCACGGACCGCAAUUCCCAAUUCCCAAUCUCGGGAUACCAGUCACGGACUGCAAUUCCCAAUCCCUAUCUUGGGAUACCGGGCACGGACUGCAAUUCCCAAUCUCGGGAUACCAGUCACGGACUGCAAUUCCCUAUCUCGGGAUACCGGGCACGGACUGCAAUUCCCAGCGUCCCCGCGCCUCCCGGCCCUGCGGUGACAUCAGCACUCCCGGGACUGGCUGGGCAGCGGCGGCGGCCGAAUGUGAGCUCCGCUUUCCCCCUCUCCUCCGGGGCCUCCCCGCACCCGGCCCCGCCGCCCGGGAGCCUCCGUGGCCCGGCCAGCCCGGGGUGACACCGAGGUGACAACGGCGGGGCCGCUCCCCGGGGCUUUCCCGCUGCUUCCCCGCGCUGUCCCGCGGCUCCGGGAGGGCGGAGGAGACGCUUUGCUGUCAUAGCCUGGCAACGGAGCGCGUGUGGUAACCGCGGGUGAGCGGGGCUCCGCUGCUGAUCGGGGAACGGCAGCGACGGGGACGGGAGCGGGGAACGGCUCCUCCGGCCGCCCCUGCCCCGCCGGGCUCGGCUCCGGUCGCCUCGUCCUCGCUGGGCUGUGCCGGGGGCAGCGAGAGCAGCCGGGGAACGGCAGGAGAAGUUGUUCCUUGGGAGCCUUGAUUCCUGCCUGCACACAAUGCUGCUCGCUCCAGAGGAGAGAACCUGGGUGCUGAUGACAGGGACAUGGUCCAAGUGCCACCCCUGGGCAGUGCCAGCCACAGAGGGGAUGUGUUUGCCUGGCACAGGUGCAUUCCCAGUCUCAUAGAGCUGUGAAGGUGCCACACCAACACCUAAAAUGUGAAACCUGUGGAGAAUUCCUAUUUCUGUGCAGAGGCAAACCAUGGACACCCAGUUGUUCUCCCCAUUCCUGGGAGCAGCCCCCAGUCCCCCCACGUCCCCAGAGCCCUCCCAGCUGUGCAGGGACUGGCUGGGAUGUGCUGAGGAUUUUGGGUCCCAAAAUUCCUUCCAGGAGUGCCCAAAAAAAAGUGCACCAAUAAAUCUUUCUUACUCUGGCAAUGGUCCUGAUGUGUUUGGGUUGGUGUCGAGCAUUUUAGAGGAGCCAAACAAGCCAGAGCCAGCUACAGAUUGGAAUUCCCUGUCAAGUUUGUUCCCCCCUGUGUGGGCACCUGAUCUGGGCAGCAAUGGGGAGUUCCCAGCUCAGCACUGGCUCCAAACCAAGGAUUUUCCCACCCUGCUGGGCUCCAGCUGCCCCCAGGAGCCCCUGCAGGAGCCUCCUGAGGUGGAGAUGCUGCACAGAGGUUUGGGGGACCUGCAGCUCCUCGAGUCUUGGCUCUCUCCCCAUGCUCAUCCCAGCAAUGCCCUGAAGAACCCUGGAAAUUCCUCCUUGCAGAAAAGCACCACAGCUCCCCAGGAAGGGUUUUCCUUCCCAAAUGGGGGCUGGAACCAGCAUUAUGACCACAGGAGGUUAAAUGGAGAUGAUGAAAAAUGUGGGUCCAGUUUUAGCCCGUUUUCUGCUCGGAGCAGGAUGAAAGAAAACUCCAGCACCCAGAAGGAGUUUUGGAAAAGAGGAAAAGCACUGAAAAAUAAUGCUCAAGGACAAACUAAGUAUUCUCCUGAUCUUUCCAAUCAGCCUGGUGAUAACCCUCGGGAUAAAGUACCCCAGGACAGCCACCUGUUCUCUAAGAGAUAUGAGAACUUCCCAGCUGCUCACAAACUGCAGUCACCUGUCCAUCCAUCCCUUCAUUUUUUCAACCCACCUGCUAAGGAAAAUACAUUUUCUGGAGAAACAGGCAGAAAACCCCAGGAAAGCCAUGUGCAAAAUGGCCAUUGUGGCUUUACUGUGGGGGAUGCUUUUAAUAAUAAUAAUAAUGAGUGCAAAGUGAAUAUGGGCCCUAAGGAAAGCUCUCCUCAAGCAGCUGAAUAUGAUUUAUCUGUGAAAAAUGGGAAUUACUCCUCAUACCAGGGGUGUGCAUGGCUGGAUGGGAACAGUCUGGCAGCUGCUGCAUCUGAAAUUCCAUAUGGAAAACAAAUGGCAACGAGCCCCCAGUCCUCAUCAGGGGUUUCCACCAUGUCUGGGGGCUCUCCCACCCACCAGCCUUUCACACAGCCCUCCUUCUACUCCCAGCUCCUUCCCACCCUCCCUCCCAGGAAAGAUGGGAGGUUACAGACCUCAAAUGGAGUUUCCAGUCACCUGGGGGUUCCUCAUUUCAUCUCAGAGAGCCAGAAGCAGAUGAGACCCCAUGGAAGGUCCCAGGAGGAUGCUGGGGUGAACAAGGACGGGCGGCGCCGCAAAUUCCCCGUUCGAUUUUCACCCGACUGGCUCGGGCAGCAGAAAGCUACAGGUGGAGACCAUGCUGAGAAAUACCACAGGUUCCCAAAGAGGCAGAGCCAGGAAAGUGGCAGUAAAGAUGACAGAAGAGGCAGAAGGAAUUGGAUCCCUCAUUUGGGAUCUAUGGCCCCAAACCACCAGCCUUUCAACGCGUUUCCAAAGAAGCACGAGCAGAGCGGUGGCAGCUUGUCAGAUUUUAUCAAUCCUUCUCUGCUUCCUUCCUUCCCAUUCAUGUCUGAUUUUAAACAAAAUCCCAGCUUCCCUCCAUUUAAUCACCAACUGUUUCCACCAGCAAACACUUUCAAUUUCCCUCUGCCGCCGUUUCCAUUCUCGGAGCUCAUUGAUCUUUUCCACUGCGACGACUUCACCCCCUUGAGUCCCUUCAUGGGUGAUCUCUUCCCUGGGGAAAUCCCUGCCCCCUGCUUUGCCUUCCCAGCCCCAUUUAACAAGUUCAGGCCUCCCAGGAGCCGCAGUGGCCCCGCUCACGAGCUCCGCGUCCGCCUGGAGGAGUGCCACGAGCAGUGGAGAGCUCUGGAGAAGGAGAGGAAGAAGGCUGAGGCUGACCUUGCAAGACACUUCCCAAGGCAGCCCGUUCCCAGCCCCAGCCCUGUGCCACGGCUCCCUGUGAAUCCAUCCCGCGUGGAUCGCCUGCUCGCCGACCAGGCCCGCCAGCGCACCCAGGUGCUCACCCUCAUUGGAAGAAUGGAGAGGCUUUGUGGUGCUCCCCUGCACAGGAACAUCUCCAGGACCUUGGAGCUGCACCUGGAAGCCAUUCAGGUGACCCAGGCACGUCGGAAGGAUGAGAUUGGGAAUGCUGCAAACCCCCGGAGCCAUGGGGGGCCACGCUACAACAAGGAGAAAGAUGUGCUGGCCCUGGCGGCUGCCCUGCGAGCCCUGGCUGGAGCCACGCGCGCGACUCGCACCGCGCUCUGGUGCGCGCUGCAGCUGGCCCUGCCCAAACCCCCUCCUGCUGGGCCUGAAAACCAACAACUCCUCCUGCCAGAGCUUCGUCCUUCAAGCACAAGCCGCCAGGAGAAAAGCAGCCUGGAGCAGGAAAGCAGAGGAAGUGGAAAAGCUGAGGAAGAGAGGAAGAUUUUGGAAUAGUCGCCGAUAAUAAAUGGAAGGCGGAGGAUGGCGAGGGAAGGGCUCGGGUCCUGCCCAGCACCGCCAGAGGUGGAUGUCACAGGAUGUCAGGAUGGGGUUAAUUAAAAAAAAAGGAUUAAUUAAGGUGCCUGGUCAAUGCUGCAGUUGUGGUGCUGUGAUUCUGGUGUGAAGAGAGACACAGCUUGUGGUGAUAUUGAUGCAGUUGAAUAUUGCAGGUGUCUGCUGCUGAGAAAUUUUCAUUUUAGGGAAGCUGAACAGGAGCUGAGCUUUCCUCCUGUGCUUACCCAAAGCUCUGAGCCCAGCCAGAGUCUGGAAAAACUCAAUUCUCUUUUUUUUGGCUCAUGAGACAAUUUAGGAUAUUUAAAGGUACUCAGUAAUUGUGCAGGGUUUGUUUUAUUUUUGGUUUUUGCACCAUGUGUAGUUCUUUCCAGAGCCAAAGUGAUCACUGAGUAGCUUGCACCCCAUCACCGUGCCAGAGCAAUCCACGCUGCUGUGGUGGUGUUUUUUGGGACAGGUUAUCUCUGUUUCACAGGAAUAAUCAGUGUUCAGUGCUGGUUUUGUGCUGCCAGUUCAGUUUCCAGCAAAACCAGUAUGAGCUGAGCUUUUCCAUAGAAUUGUCCACUUUGGUUUUUCCACUAAAAAAGUGAAUUUUUGUAGAUUUGUGGAAGUGCUCAUUAGCAGGUGUUAGAAAACUUGCUCAGGAUUAGAAAUUAGUUAUUGGUUCCUCAGUGGGUUAAAACCAGUACCAAUAUAACAGAGUAUGCACUUACAUAUAAAAAAACUAAUAUUUGUUACUAAUAUAUGUUCAUGGUACUAUAAUUUUUUGCAGACACAUUCCAUAUUUAUUUCAUUUCCUUCAUUGAAUGUUUAUUUUAAAAAUCUAUUUUAGUAAUAUGAAGUUAAAUAUUUUGCCAAAUCUUCUGAAUAAUCAGAUUUAAGGAUUUACUCAGGAACUCUGCAUAUUAUUAUAUAAAUAUACACGUGGUAUAUAGGGUUUUUUUGGGAGAGGGGUGUUUGCAAAAUAUUUACACAAAGCUAAUUGUGUACUAGGUUACCAAAGCUCUUUCACUGAUUGUUUUUUUGGUGUGGAAGGUUUAAUAUAUCUAAUUGCUGUUAAUUAGUCUCCAUUGUGUGGCUUAGACAAUCAGAGUGUGGUUGUUCAGGGUGAAAACUAGUAAAGAAUAAUUAAUCCAAGCUGUGAUCUUAGGGCAUUUAGGAAUAUUUUAAUGCUUUAACAACUGUUUUACUGUUCCACAGUCUCCUAACAUGUACUAAUAAUUAGGGUUCUUGAGUAUCAGGAUAUUAAUGAACGGCUUUGGAGAGCAGUUGUUGGGUUAAAAGUGAAUUAAGGUGGGGAUAUAAGCAAAAUUUGAAGGACAAAAAUGAAGAUUUUCAUGUCAUGUGGUGUUCAGUGUCAAAUUUGACAUUUUUGUGGGUAAUUAUAGAACUGUUCACAUAUAUAUUUUUACUUGCAAACUUGUUCCAAAUGCGGUUGUGUAGUUCUGGAUCUGUGGGUGUUUCUAGAGCAGAUUUUGUCUCAGUAGUGCCAUCCUGAACUCCACUGAGGCGUGGAGAUUUGUAGCUAAAAUUUACCCAGGCCUCACUGUAAUCCACUGAGUGAAGUUUAAAAACAAAAGUAGAUAGAAAUCAGAUCAUUAGUGUAGCAAAAUUAUGGUUUUUCCCCCUAAAAAACAAGGUGAAUUCCACUUAAAAGAUUAUUUCAAGCCUUAGCCUAAAAAACAGCUACCAGAGUUAUUUUAGUGUGUUUUCUCUCUGUGUACAUGGAAUUUAUUUGCACAAACUAAUUCAAGAAGGUUCAAUCUGCAUUUGUAAAACUGAUUGUGCUGCACAGCUUAAAAAUGGAGUUUGCAAGAUUUCAGUUCCUGGGUGAUUUGGGGGUUUAAUUACCUAAAUUAAAAUUAAUUACCAUUGCUGUGCUGGCAGGAAAUCAGAAUUUCAGAGUCUGGGUCUUGGGGUUUUUUUUCUGUUUACACAACCAGGGUUGUCUUGUAGUGGUGAAUGUUUAGGGUAUAAUUGGUUCAUAUUGUACUACUUAAUUAUUGUGUUAAUUAACGAUCUUAAUUAGCUCAUAGUUAAUGUGCCUUUAACAGUCUCAUUUUCCCAGAGUGUUAAAAAGCUGCGUGGUCACUUCUAAUUCCAAUUUCUAUUUAAAAAUGGCAUUUUAAAGGGUUGCACGUGUCUGCAGUCAGCUCAUAUUGUUAAUUAUGUUAAUUGCACUCAGGAGCUGCUGCAGGUUGGGUUCCUGAAGGAGCUCUGGGCUCUGGAAUGUCCCCCUGGAUCAUGUGCUGGGUCAGCUGCUCCUGCUCAUGCCCUGCAAAUGCUCCCCUGUCACUUGGCCUCGCUCACUUUUCUUCACAAAAACUCCAGCUCUGCAAACAAAAAUAAGGUUUUAUUUACAAAAAUAAGUUUUAAUAAUUUUUUACUACCCUUUUCUUUAAAUGGGUUGCUUAUGGACAGCACCAGACCUAGAAUAAGUUGUGUCUUCAGUUCCUAAUUUCAGAAUGCUCCAUUUCUGUUGUUUUAUUACAAAACCUUUUGUAUAUUUAGGGGAAAAAACCACUUUAUUUUGUAAAAUAGCACUUUAUUUUGUACAAUGACACCUGGAGUUGCAGCAGCUCUGUCAGAACAUCAUUUUUGCUGCCUCGUGUUCAAUUUGGCAGCAAGGUGCAAAUUCUGCAAGUCUUGCACUGAGUUUUCGGUGUGAAUAAGCACAAGUAUAAUGCUUGUGGCUUUAGGAACUAAUGGUAUUCACAUUUUACUGAAAUCAGGGGAAACGGAAUUGAGGUUUUGGGUCAUGUUUAAGCCAAAGAGGUGGUUUUGGUUUGGAGUUAGUUUUGAUGUUUAGAGAGAGGAAAAAAUGCUCCUUUCCCUCCUCAUUUUGAGAAACUAUCAGGUAAAAUUCAGUUUAUUCUCUUUUUUUCCCAUCUCCACCACUGCAUUCGGCUUUGAGAUUUAAUUGUUUGGGGUUUUUUUCCCUAUUUUGAUUUAUACUUUCUAAAUUUUGGGGGUGAUCUGAAGAAGGUGGCAGAGCUGUAGCCAGUCCUGGUGGCAGGGACACUGGAUUGCUCCUCUUUAAAUAAAUUGAACACUCAGUUGUCCCUUUUUGAGUCAGGAUUAUCAUCAGGGUGCUUUUUGAUAGUUGUGAGUGAAUCUUUAAUGCUUUAAAAUCCCAAAUUGAUAGUCUAGUACAACAUAAACUUAAGAAUUACGGUUAUUUUUGUGUUCUGUGUAAAUAACUGAAGAAUUUUGGUGAUUCAACACCAUUAAUUCCCAGAAGGGAGGCCAGCAGCAGGGAAGAACAGUUAAUUAUUUUAUUUACUUUAUUUUUAAUUCUUUAUUAUUUUUUUUCUGGUUAUAGCUUUUGUACCUCUGCUUUUCUGUACCCACAGGGUCCUUCUGGCAGUUAAGUUGCUCUGAUGCUAUUUAUAUAAACUAAACCCCAGAAAUUGCUAUUAAUUUGUUAUUUCCAUUAGAGCAGCAUGCAGGGAGAUUAUUGAAGUUCAUGCUGCUUGUUUUGCUGUGGCCUUUUCAGGAGUAGGUGGCCUUAAUUCCCAAGUUGCAUUUUUAUCCUUUUUAAACUGAAUAUUUUUCUUUGCUGCUGGAAUUUACCACCAAUAUUUUUGUCUGUACCUGGAUAUGUGAAAUUUGGGAAAUGUUUGCCUUAGAACUGCUGCUCUAGUUCAUGGUCUCUUUAUUCCUGUUUAUUUCUAGUUCCUGUUUAUUUUCUAGUUCAUGAUCUCUUGGUUAUUCCUGUUCAUUUCUUUUGAAGGAAAUCAAUGUUUUGAUUCUGGUUAUUCCUGGUUAUUUAUUUUGAAGGAAAUCAAUGUUUUAAGGUGAAGAUUUGGUGAGGAAUUUCUGUUGCAGAGCAGUGGAGAUAGAAAUCUGUUUAUUUUUUUAUGACAGAUAUACAAAGAUGAAUAGUGUCUAUAUUUUAAUAUUACUGUACCAGGUUUUUCCACUUUUCCAGAGCCCAACUUCCUGGCAUUGUCUUUGACCUGCAUCCCAUUUUUGGGAGGGAUAAAAAUGAGGAAAAAGGAGCUUCAAGAAGGAAGGGGCCCAAAUUCCAGUGGAGAAUUCUCUUCUUUUGCCUUCCAUGGUCAGGAGGGCUUGAAGGACCAGAAAUCCUGGCUUGAAUCAAGAUUCUUUUCCCUUCUGGAUUCUGUCAGGGUGCCAAUUUUGGGCAGAGUUGGUUUCUUCCUGCCCUGCCCUGGUGGCCAACCUUCCUGCCAGGUGUGUUUUUAUGAAAUUGAGGGGCCAGGACAGGGUUUGGGCAUGGAGUUGUCCCUCUGGGAUCAGGAUCAGCUCCUCUCCUGGCAGGAUUUCAUUGAUUUAUUAUUCCCUGUGCAGUUUAUCAAUUUAUUUUCUAGACUUGGGAGAUGAUAAAGAGCAAGGAGAAGUGAGCAUAAGAUGGGUUUGGUUGUGGUUCAUGUCUGUCCUUCCUCCAGGGGCAGAAUCUCCCUUGGUUCCAUGGGAUAUUUACCAAGUCACCAUUAAGUCUUAGCUCUGAUUCUGCAGGAAUUUGGAUUUUGGUUUUGUUGAAAUACUGUAAAAAUUAUGCAGCAAACAGACCUUAAGCCUAUAUGUUUAUUAUUUUUUAGAAAAUAAAUUGUAUUUUUACCUGCUCUGGAAGCUGGGUAUUGGAAUUUUUUAAUUUUUUUUCUUUUUUGGCCCAUUCUUUGUUUGAGAGCUGCAAUUUUCACAAUUGCUGCAAGGUGUCACAGCCCAAAGCAGUGGGGUUUGGGGAUUUUGUUCUUUAUAUUUUUAUUUCUGUGGCAGAGUAUGUGCUCUUAGCUGCAAAACUAAAUGUUAAAUUCCUUAUGGCCACAGUCUGCUACAGAUUUAUUCAUUUAUUUUUCCUAAUCAAGUCAUUAAAGUGGAAAAACUUUGAGUUAUUGAUUAUUUAGUGUUUGUAGAUUGAACAGGAGCAGGGAGCACUUCUCAUCAGUCAAUAUGAGAGCAGUUAGCUGUAGAAUAUAUAUUUUAAUUAUUAUUUUUGAAUGAUUGGGCUGCUGAGGAGCUGAGUGUGGCCCUGCUUGCAUUGAAGGCACAGCUUUUAAGAGAUUUCUGCCUUGAUUUGGCUUUGUUGCUUUGCCUUGAGUGCAGGAGCUCAUUAAACACAAGCUCAGUGGCUCACCUUGAGCUUUUAUCAAUAAAAUCUGGAGGGAUGAGCUCCCAGCCUCUUUUAGAAGGAUUCUUGGAAUGAGCCUGGAUAAUUUUGAUUUCUCCUCAAGCUGAGGAAUGUACUUGCUGCAGGAACUUGGGGUUUUCUGGGAAUUUUUGCACCUUGUUUUCUCCUGUUCUGCUUUGAGAGAAAUGGAGCCUUAACCAUGCUGAGACCCUGAUUUAUUAUUCCCUGUGCAGUUUAUCCAUGGCAGUCACCAGCACUUUUUGGGUUUUUUGUUUUUGGUUUGUAGCACUUGAGAUGUCUGAUUUUUUAAUAAAUUAUUUUUUUGGUAGAGAACUGCUUUGUAACUUUCUAAAAUAAUAUAAUAACUUUGCCAAGCAAAUUUAUCAGUGCUGUAAAAUGGAAGGUCCUUAUUUUUCUUCAUUAGCAAUACUGUAAUCAAAGGUGCAAAAUAAUGUGUUUAAUGUAAGUGUCUGUGCUGUUAGAAAUUGAAAAUAUAUUGGGUUAGGAGCAACCUCUAAACGAAUUGAGGAACUAGAGUUAUAAAUCCUCUUUGCUUGUUGCCAAAUGAGCUUUAAAAGGGAAAAUAUUUGCAUAUAGUGUAUUAAAAAAAAAGCACUGGUUAGAGAGAGAAUAAAUCAGAGAAAAAAUCAUUGCCAGACAAAGAUUGCUUUGUUUUUUACUGAAAAAAACACAACUUGUUCAUGCACAAUAGUUACUUAAUGAGCAUAGUUUUUUUCACAGAAUUAAGUUUCCAAUAUAUAGAUGGGAAAAAUAAGUUUCCUUUUAUUUUUAUGACAGAUCUACAAAGAUUAAUAGUGUCUAUAUUUUAAUAUUACUCUUUGGUGUCUGAAGUGUAUCAUUUGCCUGUGUGUUGGUCAAACUCAUUUCCUUAAAAUAUCCCAUUUUACACGGCUAGUGAAAUAUUACUGAAGGAGAUUUUGGUUGGGCCCAGCAGAAAUAUGUGAAAUUAUAACUUAGCUUAAAAAACCUUAUUGAUUAUGCAAGAUUUUAAUCAUUAAUCAAUUAAGGCUUACUUAAGUGUUUUUGUAAAACAACUGUGGAUGUUUGAACGCUGCAGAAAUCUUUCUUCUACCUCUUGUGUAACAUCCUUAAAAUUCCCCUUCACAGAUGUGCUCUGAUGCCACAGGGUGUUGUGCACCUUAACUUGGGAAUUCCAUCUGCUUUUCCUUUCAUUUUAUUUAUUUAUUUUUUUUUAUUGUGGAACACCAGGAUGCCUUGUUAUGUCCACCUGAGCUGAACUGAUGGGGUUUUGUUCAUGUGUGUGAGAGUCUUCAGAAACGGGAGAAUUCUGUAAUAAGUCAUGGCCAGUGUGAUUUUCUGGUAUUUUCUAUGUAUGUGGUUUGAUUCCUUUUUAUUUAAAUAAUCACCUGUUUUGUGUGGAUGUCCCUAAUUAAUGGUGACAGCUUGUUUAGAUCCACUCACACUGUUCCUCAGCUGCUGAAUUUCAGUUUGGUAAUUCUGCCUUGAAUUGACCUGUUCUGUGUUCAUGACAGAAAUUAAAACCCUGUGUG